AUGGAUUUUUCAACCUUGUUAUAUGAAGCCAUUGAUACCCAAAACAACCAUUUUAAAAAUCCAGAGGAUGAUCAAAAAAAUGACAAAGAAGAUCCUCUUAUAACAUUGGCACUUGAUGUACUUAAAAGGGAUAGUGAGAAGGUAGCCUUGCUAAGGUUAAAAGGCUUUGAAAGGGUUGAUAUUGAGCGCAGUAGCGGAAAACAUUCAGUAGUUUGUCGCCAUUGGCUCAAAGGGAUGUGUAUGAAGGGUGAAUUCUGUGAUUUUUUACAUCAGCUUGUAUAUUCAAGGAUGCCUCCUUGUAAAUCUGUUGAGAAAAACUCUUUUUGUACUGAUAGAUUAAAGGGCUGUUGUAUAUUUAAGCAUACUGGUGAUGAUGAAUCUACCGAUUUUCUCGGAUCAAAGGAAAAUAAAAAUGAUCUUGACCACUCGGAUGACCUUUCAUACAAAAAUGAUCUUGAGAAGUUCACACAUGCCUUUAACUCUGCUCUACUGUUCGCAUUUCCAAGGAUUGUAUAA